UCUCUGCAUGAGCUUCUGAGGCAGAUCUGGAACGGCAGGAUUAAUGGAGACGCAAUGAAAGCGUAGCCAGCCCCCUCCCGUGGGCAGGGACCGAUGCUGCCUCGCCCCACCAGCCACCAUGGAGCUAGCUAAUACCAAAGACUUCCAGUGGAAAACCCUCGCCCCACUCCCGAGCCGCAGGGUCUACUCGACCUUGGUGGAAGCUGGCGGGCAGGUAUUUGCCAUCGGGGGCUGUGAUGACAACGGUGUCCCCAUGGACUCCUUCGAGGUCUACUCCCCCGAGGCCGACCAGUGGACCUCGCUGCCCCCCAUGCCCACGGCCCGGGCGGGGGUGGCCGUGGCCACCUUGGGCAAGAGGAUCAUGGUGAUAGGAGGGGUCGGAGUGAAUCAGAUGCCGCUGAAGAUAGUGGAGAUGUACAACGUAGAUGAGGGCAAGUGGAAGAAGAGGAACUCGCUGAGAGAGGCAGCCAUGGGCAUCUCGGUGACAGCAAAAGACUACAGAGUCUAUGCGGCUGGUGGGAUGGGAUCUGACCUGCGGCCGCACAACUACCUGCAGCACUACGACAUGCUCAAGGACAUCUGGGUGUCGCUGGCGGCCAUGCCCACACCCAGGUAUGCUGCCACAUCCUUCCUGCGAGGCACCAAGAUCUACGUGCUGGGUGGAAGGCAGUCCAAGUACGCUAUCAAUGCCUUCGAGGUCUUUGACACAGAGACCAGGUCGUGGACCAAGUUUCCCAACAUCCCCAACAAAAGGGCCUUCUCCAGCUUCGUGCCCACAGAAGACAAACUCUUUAGUCUCGGGGGCUUGCGGCAGGGACGGCUCUACCGGCAGCCCAAGUUCAUGCGGACCGUGGACAUGUUUGACAUGGAACAAGGUGGCUGGAUGAAGAUGGAGCGCUCCUUCUACCUGAAGAAAAGGCGAGCAGACUUUGUGGCUGGCUACCUGAAAGGCAGAGUCGUUGUGGCUGGGGGACUAGGAAACCAGCCGACCGUCCUGGAGUCCGCAGAGGCCUUCCACCCUGAGAAGAACAAGUGGGAGAACCUGCCCCCCAUGCCCACCCCACGCUGUGCCUGCUCCAGCAUCGUGGUCCGGAACUGCUUGCUGGCUGUCGGCGGGGUGAGCCAGGGCCUGAGCAGUGCCGUGGAAGCCCUCUGCCUCUCCGAUUCCUAGCUGGCUCCUGCCUGGCAGAGGACCCUGCCCCUCGCUGCCUCCAGCAGUGGUGGUGAUGGUGGUGGGCAGCUCCCGGCAGCGCUGAGGCUGGGUGAGCACCACCCAAGCUGCCCUAGGAGUCUGGCAGCUCAGCUCUGCUUGCCGGUAGCUAAACCCAGCCUUGCUCUGGAGCCAUUGCCGGCAGGAGCCUGCAGCCAGGGCUGCUGUUCCUCUCCCUCCUGGGUGCUGCCGUUCCAGCCCCACGGAGGGAAGGAGCACUUUGGCCAGGGAUCCCCUCCAGUUGUCUUCAGAGCUCUCUGGGGAAACCCAGAUGAAGGAACUGCUCACAGCGCUGGUGUGCCGUGUCUCCUGCCAGCAGGAAGGACUCUGGAGAUCAGGGCAUGGGCAAGUGUCUCCCUGCAGCCAUCCUGACCCGCUACCAAAGGCGACAGGUUCGGAGGUGUUAGGAGUAUCCAGACAGGUCAGUGGUGGUUCAGGGAGGACUGUUGUGAUGUUGCCCUCUGAGCAUCCUGGGAUCUAUGCGUGCUUCCCUGCACAGAUCCCCUUGGCUUGCAACAAGGGAAACUCCUAACCUGCAGCCAGAUCCAGGGGAUCGUUCUUUUGCCUUCAUAGCAAGGCUUUUCCUGCAAACCUGUAGCAUUUGACUGUCACUUUGCCAGGAGCUGGAGCGAGGGGCUGCCAAGGCUCCUGGGGGGGAUGAAUGCCCAAGGGACUGUUUUGGCUAGAGGGAAGACUGUACUUUUGGCACAGGACUAGCACAGAUACUGCCUUUGCUGGGUUUCAUGCAGAGGUGGCCUCAACCUACAAUGUUCCAACCUGGUUUUUAGCCCGUUUAAUGAUUUGGGAUCUUCUGUUCAGCCCUGGGAGAAAGGAGCAAAACUGAGCCCUGCCUGUGGUUCUGGGGCGUGCUCACCCCGGGGUCGGGCGGUGGCUUUGGUGAUGGCCCCGGCCAUCGCCUCGCCUCCUCUUUGGUUUCAUUCUUCCCAGGCAGUUUGUGGGAGGGCUGGCCGAACCGCCGGGUUACAAUUCUAGCUUGUAGCAGUUGCACCAUUAAAAGCUGUCUUCAGAAAAGCCCUCGGAGAAGGCUGGCUGUGCUAUGGGCUGCG